AUGUUAACGUUUGUGUUCGCGGUAUGGUCAGCGGCGCGCGCGCUCGGCUGGCCGUGCGAGACCCUCGCGACGUCGCCAGAAGCUGAGGAUGUACCAGUGCUACCUCGUCUCCGUUCGUCGCGAGCGUCUAGCGACCUGUCAACGUUAAGCACGACCACCACUAGUUCUAGUCAAACCAGUACCGGAGAUCAUUCGAAGAGGUGGAGUGAAGCUCCAAGAAGAUGGAGUGCAAGAGGCGCCUCCCGAAGACCUUUGCGGAGGCAGCCUGUGUCCGCUAGAAGACGGACAACCGGCAGCUUCGAUGUGGAAAAUGGCGGGGCGGGCGGAGGGGCGGGCGGCGCGCGGUCUCCGCUCGAGGGCGGCUCGCCCUCUGCCGCCCUCGUGUUGCAGUCCCUGCCGCAGCGCCGCGAAUCCUUUCUCUACCGAUCUGACUCCGACUUCGAAAUGUCACCUAAGUCCAUGUCUAGGAACAGCUCCAUUGCCAGCGAAAGAUUCAAGGAUGUGGAGGCAGCACAACUGGAUAGAGCUCAUGGAGAAGACUUGAUCGUGACUCCAUUUGCUCAAGUCCUGGCGAGCCUUAGGAGCGUCCGCAACAACUUUUUAUGCCUCACAAAUGUACCAGCUUCCAAAUCACGUAGAUCAUCCGGUGCAGCUACAGCUCCAACUCCUCAGCCCAAAAACUAUAACCCUGGAGAUGAAGCCUACAUGAAACUCGCGCUAGAGACGGUUGAAGAGUUGGACUGGUGCCUAGACCAGCUGGAGACGAUACAGACGCAUCGCUCCGUGUCUGACAUGGCUUCACUCAAGUUCAAACGGAUGCUGAACAAGGAGCUGAGCCACUUCUCGGAGUCCAGCAAGUCCGGCAACCAGAUCUCGGAGUACAUCUGCUCUACGUUCUUGGACAAACAACAAGAGCUCGACCUGCCAUCGUUACAAGUGGACGAGAAUACUGAGCGCACCAAGAAAAAAGAAAAGCCGCGUCAUGGCGGACCAGCGACGACUAUGUCACACAUUUCUGGUGUUAAGAGGACACUUACUCACACAAAUAGUUUUACCGGGGAAAGAGUGCCACGAUAUGGCGUCGAAACACCACACGAGGAAGAGCUGGGCAAAUGUUUAGCAGAGCUCGACCGUUGGGGCGUGGACAUCUUUCGUAUCGGCGAUCUAUCUGGCGGUCGUCCCCUCACUGCAGUUGCAUUUUCCGCAUUUUCAUCGCGGGAACUUCUCACAACAUUACAAAUCCCAGCAAGAACUUUCCUCGCGUUCGCAGUUACUCUUGAAGAACACUACAUCCGAGACAAUCCCUUCCACAAUUCAUUACACGCUGCUGAUGUCACACAAUCGACGCACGUACUCCUCAAUACACCGGCUCUGGACGCUGUAUUUACUCCAAUAGAAAUAUGUGCUGCUCUCUUUGCUGCAUGCGUACAUGACGUAGACCACCCGGGACUUACCAACCAGUUCUUGGUAAACUCCAGCUCCGAAUUAGCACUCAUGUACAAUGACGAAUCAGUGCUCGAGAACCACCACCUCGCUGUAGCCUUCAAACUACUGCAAAAUGAUGGAUGCGACAUUUUCGUCAACCUUCACAAAAAGCAAAGGCAGACUCUGAGGAAAAUGGUGAUAGACAUGGUCCUAUCGACCGACAUGUCUAAACAUAUGAGCCUUCUCGCAGAUCUGAAAACGAUGGUCGAGACGAAGAAAGUCGCAGGCAGCGGUGUGUUAUUGCUGGACAAUUACACUGACAGAAUACAAGUUUUAGAGAAUCUCGUGCAUUGUGCCGAUCUGAGCAAUCCGACCAAACCCUUGCCAUUAUAUAAGCGUUGGGUUGCGCUGUUGAUGGAAGAGUUCUUCCAGCAAGGAGACCGCGAGAGGGAGCACGGAAUGGACAUUAGUCCGAUGUGCGACAGGCAUAAUGCUACGAUAGAGAAGUCUCAAGUCGGUUUCAUAGAUUACAUCGUCCAUCCUCUUUGGGAGACGUGGGCGGAUCUCGUACAUCCGGACGCACAAGAUAUCCUCGAUACUCUCGAAGAAAACCGGGACUACUAUCAGAGUAUGAUACCGCCGUCGCCGCCUCCUGCGCCUAUACAAGCUCACUCGAAUGUCGACGAAGAUCGUCCGGAUCAAAUCCGUUUCCAAGUGACACUCGAGGAGGGCGAAGGCUCGGAAGAAUGCGAAGGGGAAGGCGACGGUGGGAUGUGA